GCAGCCCGCGGAAAUUUGAAAUGGCUGAAGGGUUGGUGACGGCUGAAGGCUUGGGGACUGCGGCUCCGGCCCCGGAUUCCAGGGCGUCCGGGGUGUCUUCGGACGUGCAACGUGACUUGUUCCAAGAUGAAGAUACAUUUAAUGAUUAUGGCAGUCAUAAUAAACUAGGGACCAUUUUGCAAAGGUUUGUGCUAGAAGGGAAUGUACCUUUUCCAGACAUUUUCCAAACAAAUCAGCUUUUGUUCUAUGAGCGAUUCAGAGCCUAUCAAGAUUAUAUUCUAGCUGAUUGCAAGGCUUCCGAGGUAAGGGAAUUCACAGCUGAGUACUUGGAGAAGGUCCUUGAACCAUCUGGAUGGCAGGCAAUCUGGCGCACUAAUGUGUUCGAGGUGCUGGUUGAGGUCACAAAUGUAGAUUUUUCAUCUUUGAAAGCAGAGGUGAAGCUUACUCAUCCUUACCUUUGCGAAUCUCGAGUUAAUACCUUUACUUUGGAAUGCAUGAAAGAACUGCUAGAAUUGAAAGAAAAUCAGUUGCCUCUUCAAGAACUGUGGGUGGUGUUUGAUGAUUCAGGCGAGUUUGACCAGACAGCACUUGCAAUUGAACAUGUCAGGUUUUUCUACCAAAAUAUUUGGAGGAGUUGGGAUGAAGAGGAGGAAGAUGAAUAUGAUUAUUUUGUCAGAUGUGUUGAACCUCGAUUGCGUUUGCAUUAUGACAUACUUGAAGGACGGGUCCCUUCAGGUCUCAUUAUUGACUACCACAAUCUACUUUCUGAGUGUGAAGAAAUUUAUAGGAAGUUUUUAAAUCUGAGAAGCAGUAUAUCAAAUGGUGACUCAGACACUGAAUUAGAAAAUGUUUCCAUGGCUGAAGGGUUAAGGCUGUAUUCUGAAAUGGAACAGCUGAAACAGAAGUUAAAACUCAUUGAGAACCCUCUUCUAAGAUACGUGUUUGGUUAUCAGAAACACACUGGAAUUCAAGCAAAGGGAGUUCGUCCAACUGGUAAAAAGAUCACCCAUGUUGUAUCAACUUCCAUGAUGGCUAGUCUGUUGCAUUCUCUGCUCAGAGACAAACUUUAUCAGGAGUCUCAUGAAGAAAUGGAAAUUCAGUUUCAUAAUGACCCAUUGUCGGCUAUAAAUGCUUGUUAUGAAGGAGACACUGUUAUUAUUUGUCCUGGUCAUUAUGUGGUAAAUGGCAUGUUUUCUAUUGCUGACUCCAUUGAAUUAGAAGGAUAUGGUUUGCCAGAUGACAUUGUAAUAGAAAAGAGGGGGAAAGGAGACAAUUUUGUAGAUUGUACAGGUGCCAAUGUUAAAAUCUCAAAUGUGAAAUUUGUUCAACAUGAUGCUGUGGAAGGAAUCUUGAGCAUUCAUCGUGGCAAGACCACAUUGGAAAACUGUGUGUUGCAAUGUGAGACUACAGGAGUAACAGUUCGAACGUCAGCAGAAUUACUAAUGAAAAAUUCUGAUUUAUAUGGGGCCAAGGGUGCAGGUAUAGAAAUAUAUCCAGGGAGUAAAUGUACUUUGAGUGACAAUGGGAUACAUCAUUGCAAGGAAGGCAUACUAAUUAAGACUAGCCUGGAAAAAAGUGAGGAGAAGAUUUUAAAAUCAGGCAGUGUUGGAUGUGACAGUUCCUUAAAACAUUUGUUUUCAAUGUCACAGGACUUCUUAGAUGAGCAUUAUGACAUUCCCAAAAUAACUAUGGUGAAUAAUGUCAUACAUAAUAAUGAAGGCUAUGGUGUUGUCUUGGUGAAACCUAAAAUUUUUUCUGACCUGCAAGAAAAUGCUCAAGAUGGAUCUGAAGGAAAUAAAAUACUUAAAGUUCAAGAAAAUGAAGAAGUAGGUGCAAUGGAGAAAAUGGGACAAGAAGAGCAAAUGCAGUAUGCAUCUGGUGAACUGGGGCCGUAUGCAAGACCUGAGUUUUAUGAUCAAACUGACCAAAUGGAAGGCAACUGUGAAAUUGUCAAUGAACUAGUGGCUGCUUCCACAAGGAAAGGCCAAAUGAAAAAGAAAAGGUUGAGUGGCCUGGGCAUCAUUGAAGCUGAUGAUAACCUAAUGUCCCAGGAGAUGUUUGUUUCUAUUGUGGGCAAUCAGUUCAAAUGGAAUGGAAAAGGCCGUUUUGGUAGUUUUCUUUUCUGAUGGAAAUUUAUGUUUAAAAAUGUUGGAUUUGCACAUGCUACUGUAGUAAUCACUGCUUUUCUCAUAAAUAGCUUGCUUCUUGUCUGAUAUUGUAUAUUUGUUAUUCCUUUUGUAUUUGAAUGAAAUGCAACAAUAUUUAUUCUUUUCUGCAAAUGUUGCACAGAAAUUAUUCUCCUUUUAUAAGAAAGGUGAAAAAUAAAGAAUUUUUAAAAAUGAGCCUUUGUAGGUACUAGAAUUGGGGCCAGGAUUAUUCAUCCAGAAGCUUUGCUUUCUUUUUAUUGUAAUUGACUUAUAUUGAGUACAUUAAGUAAGUUUUUAAUAUAAAAAUCUAGUUUUGUAGUACUUUAAAUCUAGUUAUUGAGGGAGGGGACUGGAAUUAAGGGGCACAUGACCAAUAGAGCAAUAGGAACAUUUCUCACUCUUUUUGUUUCCCAGUCCUGAUUGUGGAUCUGAUUUCUGUGCAGUAGACGCUGUGUUGAAAUAAAAGCCUUUAUCAUUAGGAAGUUGCUCACAUAAUCAAACUGAUUUUUAAGAGGAGGAUUCCUUUUGGGGCGGCAAACGGUGCAUUCAUUAAAAUAUCCAUAGAUGAUGUACUCACUUUGAAACAGAACUAAAAGUAUCAUUAAGAGUAUGUAUAGAACUCUUCCACUAUUGCUGAAUAUGAAAAACUCAAAAAGUAGUGCUUUUUCUUUUACCAUGACAGUAUUCUAAUCAAUUUUUUUCAUUCAUCUUUUCCAACAUGAAAUAGUUACUAUGUCUUUUUGGGGUUCAUCUUGAUAUGACAUAAAACUUAAAAAAAAAAAAAAACCUUGAAUUUAUAUUGUAUUUUUAGUAUGCCAAUCAAUUAAAAUCAUAAAGAGAUUAUAUUGAACUUGAAUCCAGUCAUAUGUCUUCAAAUUCCUUUAGGCAGUAAAGACCCUAGCAUUAUUUGUGUUCUAAAAAAAAAAGAAUAGUAAAAUAUAAAAAAUUUGUUUUAUGCCUUUUUCUUGUAGGUGAAUUAAUCCUAAACCUUAUCAUUUUUCAGAUUUCCUUACAAAGAAUUUUUGUCAUUGAAAGAUGAUUUUUUUUAACCUAUGGCAAAAUAGUUUUUGAAUUAUGGUUAACUAACAGAGUAAUACCAAUUAAUUUCACAUUAACUUCAGUCAAAUACUGAUUUAAAACCAUCUGUUUGAUUAAUUUUUAUCAAAUUGGUUUUCCAAUUAUAUUUCUCCUUUUAUGUGGGAUCUUGGUAUCUUUUUACUUCAUGUAGUUUACACUUAUGAGAGAAUUUUGUGUAAACGGUAACAUUCUAAAAUCUUUUUGUUUGCAAAAUAGCAUAGUGAAAAAAGCACUAGGAGUUGCUUGAUAUCUGGGUUCAGAGGCCACUUUAGACAUUAACUAGCUAUGUAAUCUUGGGCAAAUCAUAAAAGUUUUCAGAAUCAGUUUUCUAAUCUGAAAAAUAGAGGUAUUUUUAUUUUCUACUACUAAUUUUGUGAAGAAAGUGUUGUGUAAAACUUAAACACUAUAUAAAUGAGUGGCAAUUAUUUUGUAUAAGAAUAUUUUAGAUUUUAAUUUAUUACAUUUUAGCUUAAACUGAAGUUAAACUGUUUUUCCGAGUGGUCCGAUAUCUAAACCCACAGGCCAAACUUAUUUUUAAGAGAAUGAUAGUGAAUCAUAAAAAACUGAACAUUUCUGUUAGUAAUCAAGCAUUUCUUAAGCACCUGUUAUGUGCUAGGCACUGCCCUAGGUUUUGAAAAUACAGCAAAAAACAAAUUCUGCCCUUAAAGAACUACUGAUCUAAUGGGAAAGAUAGCAUUCAAACAACUAUAUAAACAAGAUAUAUGCAGGAUAAUUUGCUUAUAAACUUAGAAGGAGAGCACUAAGAUUUAGGAAGCCUGGGAAAAGCUUUUUUUUUUUCUUUUUAAUCAAAUUUUUUUUGAUAAGGCAGUUGGGGUUAAGUGACUUUCUCAGGGUCACACAACUAGGAAGUGUUAAGUGUUUGAGGCUGGAUUUGAACUUAGAUUCUCCUGACUUCAUGGCCAGUAUGGUGUCCACUGUACCAUCUAGCUGCCCUGUGAGAAAAGCUUCAUCUAGAAAGUGGGACUUUAGCUGAGAUUUGAAGAGUGAGAAGUCAGGAGGCAGAAGGGAGAAAAGAGAGUUCCCCAUUUAGGGGAUGUUAAUGACAAUAGAUAGUGCUGCAGGUCAGUAAAUGGAGCUUUGUAUAGGAACAGCUAAUGUCACUGAGUAUAUAUAUGUGAUGGGGAGAGGAAAGUAUAAGCAAUCUGGAAAGGGCACUGGAUAAUGAAAGGAUCUAAAUGACCAAAUAGAAUUGUGUAGUAGUGGGAGCACUGUAUGUGUAUUUAACAUUUGUGUUAAUUGACUGAGAUAUGAAACAUUAGGGAAAAAAUAAUGCAUUCCCCUAACUUUUGUUAGCAUUUUCUUUUCUCUUAGGAGUCACCCUUUGGCACACUUGUGGUUUUAUGAUAUUCUCAAAUUUACGCAUGCUCUGAAACUUUAUUCAUAUGGAAUUGUUACUUUUUCAUUAUUGUGCUAUGAUAACCAGAAAAAGCAUGUAAUUGUAUUUUGCCAAAAUUGCCUUAGCCGGAUAAAGCACUUAUAUUUGUUAUUAGCCAUGUUUUAUUCUUCAUCAUAGUCUCUUAUCAACUAUCUUUUUUGAUCUAAAUGAAAAAGCUUAGUGUUAAGGUUAAGUGUAUUCCACUGCCAUUUGACAUUGUUUUUGAUUUUGUAACAGUUUGAGAAGCUGACUUUCUAAGAGCAUGUCUUUACUAUUAAAUUAUGACAGCAGGUGAUGGGAGAUUGCUUUUUAACCAUCUAAUUGUAGACUAAUUCUUCAUAUACUUGUCAUUCUUUCUGUGAAUAGGAAUUAUCUGAACAUAGUGGUGCAUAUUCCAUAUUAUCAAUUUUUCUGAAAUGUAGAAAACAGGCAUAUGGAAAUAGCUCCCACUUCCUGAAUUUUGUAGAGAUGAAGAAGAAAGUUAUGUAGCUUUAAAUGUUUACUACUUCCUAAUCCAUCUGUGUUUCCUUUGACUUCAACUCACAACAGACUUAUUCUAGGUGAAAUUAUCUACAGGUUUUAACUGGAAUUAAGCUAAAAUAAAAAAUAUAGGAUUAGAACCUUCAUGCUACUUGAUAAAUACAGAUACAUUUGUGAAAAGUGGGGGAAAUACAUGCUAAUUGGUAGCCAAGCAAGACUGCAUAAUACUUAACCAUCUAGGUCUUUUCUAUAUUAGGGAAUAAAAUAGCAAAAUAUUAAAAAACAUUGUAAUAAAAACAGUGUUGAACUGGUUUCUGUUCUAGCUAUUGAAAUUCCAGUUAAUUGUUUUAGACUGCCUGAUGCCCUAAAUUAAAGUUUUUUAAAAUACCUUCUUAAUCCUAAUUCUUGAUUAAAACUGGUCAGCAAAUCAGAUUCUUAUCUUCUUUAUAAAAAUAUGCAUGCAUGUAUACAUGGCUAAGAGCUUUGGACUGUCUUUUUAUUUUAAUAUUGGGAUCUUUUGUACUUUUAAAGAACAGCUGAAUAAGAGUGUCUAAUUAUUCUAUUAACAAUCUGUCAUAUUUUAAUAAGAGGCUAAAGACAUUGCUUGUACCAGUGAAUAUUUCUAUAAAGACAAGUAUUCUUAA